CUCCUCGUGGAGGCUUCUGUCCCUCCAACUACUACUCCCUCUGGCAGUGACUUCGAGGAUGGUCUUUUUGGACGUCUUCUAGUUGCGAGCCACCUUUGUCCUCUGCAGGCGAUGGAAGAUUCAAUUUUAGCCAUUCGAGACCCUACUUCUGCUUCCAAUUCUUGGGCGGGCGAAUUUUUUGUGGAAGCGGUUCCUAUCAAGCCGUCCAUUGAGGCGGACCAGCGAAACAUUUGGCAGGCAUACUCUGAUCCGCGAUCUAUUGGUCGUCAAAGAGCCGACUUUGAUGCUCUGAGCAAUCCGGAGGUUUUCUCCGAGUACGAUAAAUGCUCCUUCCUUAUUACAAAGGACAAUGAUCAGCGUCUAUGUACACUCUUCAAAAAUCUCCUACGUGCUGGAAAACAAAGGAACUGUGUCAAAAAUGCCCUGUUGCGAUGGUUUGGCCAGUGCCUGCACGCUAACAAAGAUCUAGCGGAAGAAACCCGACUGACGCACUCCGCCGCCGCUAUGGGUCGCGCCAUCCCCAAACCCCUGGACGCCUACCCCCUCAUUAGUCACCUGUUCUUUCUGGCACACACUGCCCUGCGACUUUCCUUCGCACCACUGCUUUCCCUGCACUUUGAGACUAAUCGGCAGUUGCAUCAGAUGGAACAGGAGGCCCAGCUGCUAAACCCUAUGGCUUCUCCCUGGGGUGGCGGAAUGAGCGAUGACACUCCACAAGGUAUGCUCACUGUGCUCUUUUGUACGUUAGCUCGGCUGGGUUUGAUAGUUGGGGGGAUUUCCCACGCUGAUUACUGUUUCUCCGACUACGCCGUUACAAAAGUGUAUGUUGUCUUAUAUCAAACUAAACUCCCGAACGCCGACAUGGUAUGA